ACGUGCUUCUCCCUCCGUCGAACCCUGAAAAGGCGAACAAACUCUCCGUCUUUCUCUCACUCCCACUCAUGCCUCCGAUCUCGCAUCCACCGCCGGCACGGCGGAAGCUCGCCGCCGCCGCCGCCGCUGCCUCCGCCGCCCUCUUCCUCCUCCUCCUCCCGACCCUUCUCCCUACCGCCGCCGCCCAACCGGCGACUGCUCCGCCGAGCGGCGACUCCUCCUCCACCGUCCCGGCCAACGGCGCCUUCAACCCCUCCGUCGCACUCGUCUUGCUCGCCAUCAUCGUCGUCCUCUUCCUCCUCACCUCCUUCUCCGCCUACAUACUCCACUGCUCCCCCGCCCCCGAGGGAUCCAUCGGCCGCGCCGUCCGCUCGCUCCGCCGCCUCGCCGCCCCCCGCGGCCUCGACCCCGCCGUCAUCGAGACCUUCCCGACCGCCGUCUACUCCGCCGUGAAGGGGCACAGGAUCGGCGAGGCGUCGCUGGAGUGCGCCGUGUGCCUGAACGACUUCGAGGACGACGACACGCUCCGCCUGAUCCCCAAGUGCGACCACGCGUUCCACCCCGAAUGCAUCGGCGCCUGGCUCGCCUCCCACACCACCUGCCCCGUCUGCCGCGCCGACCUCGCCUCGCAGCCGACCGGCGACUCGGAAGGUCAACCCGCCGAGCCGGGCACCGAGCCGCCGCGGGUGGAGGUGACCGUCGUCGAGGCGGCUCCGCCCGAUGGCGGCGCGCUGGAGAGGAGCCCGCGGGAGCGAAUCCCGCCGCCAGAUCCAUGGGACAAGAACGGGGGCGGCAGCUUCAAUAAUCGCAACCGAACACGCGGCUCCGGCAGGAUCCGGAGAUUUUCUCGGUCGCACUCGACCGGGCACUCGCUGGUCCGACCGGGCGAGGACACGGAGCGGUUCACCCUGAGGCUGCCCGCCGAGGUGAGGAAGCAAUUGAUGGACCGGCCCGGGCCGGUCCUGCCCCAGGAAGGCUGCUCGAGGCGAGGAUACCGGUCCGGAGGCGAAGGGAGCAGCCGAGGGAGGUACUUCAGGAGGCCGGACCGGCUGGACCGGGCGGCCAAGUCGGAGAGGUUCAGUAGGAUGCCGUCGUUCUUCGCGCGCGUGUCGUCGGCCCUCUCGCCUAGAGUGGCUGCUGCCGCCGCCGGCGGAGGCGGAGGGUCCUCUCGGGGUUUGGUGCAACAGGCUCGACCGGCCAUCUAAUGGCUAAAUUAGUGACAUCGCCGAAAAAGAUAGGGACAGUUUCGGGAAUUUCGCAGGGAUUGAUUUGUUUUUCGUGGGUGAUUGCCAAAAAUUUGUCAAAUUUUAGGAGAUUAGUGACAAUGGAUAGGAAGCUUAGAAAAUUAUGUGAGCAAAUUUUUUAAAUUGAAGUUGAGUAAAGAGAUUGGUUAGUCA